AAUGCAAAUAAACAAAAGCCAAUUAAAUUAAUUUACGUAUAAAUAUGUAUGUAUAUAAAUGCAAUUAAGUAUGAGCACGGUUUUUAGUUUCGUUAGAAAAACAUGAGUCAAUACAUAUUGUUGUCAAUUGUGAUUUGAAAGAUUUGCUGUUCUCCUUGAACUUAUACACACAUAUGUAGAUAAUCAUCAUUGCAUCCAUUUUUUUGUAAGUCUUUAAUUUUUUAAUAUAUUUUGUACUUUGUCCAACUGAAAGUAACUCCUUUCUUAUUUCACAUUUACUAACCUUAUCGUUUUCUAUAUCCUUAUUUUUCCGACUUCUGGUAGUCCUAUCGUACUAAUCGCUACCUUUCGUAUGGAACUUUAUUACGAUGACACUGAGGUGGCUGUAUGCUUCACAUCAGCGGAAACUUUCUGGUCGGCUUUCUACUUUAUCACUUGCAUUACAAUCUUCUUUGUUCUGCCCUUCAUUGUGUUGGUUGUGCUCUAUGCUGCAAUCGCCUACAAACUUCUACGUCGCAACAUUGACUUUCAUCGCCCCACCACCGCUGCUCACGUGCCGCCCACCACCUGUUUAAGUUCGGUUAUUCUACGCCAUCAAUCGAUAAAUAAACUACCACUCCCGAUGACAUCCAAUGGUGUGGGAGCCCAACAACUUAGCACCGGUAUGCGAAAACAUCGCAAACAAGUGAUAUUCAUGUUGGUUGCCGUAGUCGCCAGUUUUUUUAUUUGCCUUUUGCCAUUUCGUGCAUUCACAUUAUGGGUUAUCACUGCACCUAUGAAGGACAUCGCAAGUCUUGGCAUUGAUGGUUAUUAUGGUAUUUUAUAUUUCUGCCGUAUAAUGUUGUAUUUAAAUUCGGCUUUAAACCCUAUACUGUACAAUCUUAUGUCUUCGAAAUUCCGUACUGGAUUCUGGCGCUUGAUCAUUUCCUGCUGCGGAGGUAGCACGGAUCGUGUUAUUGGACGUGGCAAUAAGGGGGCAACAACUACUGCCACAACAACAACAACCAAUCGCCGGCAAAUGGAGGUCAAAACGUCAGUUACUUAUGACCAGCGUCGUCCCAAAUUCAAACGUGAAUCAACAUUUGUGGUAAACUCUUCCAUUUCAACAUCGUCAGGCUCGGACCGAAGUAGUAGCUUGUCAGUAAUCGGGCCUAGGGCAGUUAUGGGGUCACGAUCUGUGGUAGGUGCCGCCAUUAUCGAUAUAACUAGAAGUACUGUGACAACUGCAUGCCCACUGGAAAGUGAUGAAAAUUGCGCAGAGAGAAAUUAUAUCUAAACAAGUGCGAAGAAUAAUGAGAAAUUUUAAAUUCUACGCGAUGAUUAAUGAACAAUGCGGUAAAUGCAUUUUUGGUAAGACUGAUAAACCAUAAAAUCAAUAAUGUUUUUGGUAUAUAGAAGUUAUCUUCGGCUUAACUGAGCACCUCCAAGGAUGAAAAUGUUAUAUAAAUGUUACUUUGUAAAGGUUUCCUAAACACAUGUUUGUAAAAUAAUCAUAGUGGAUUAAGUGCAAAAUGAAAUAAAUAUGUAAAUAUUACAAAAAAAAAUAUAUAAUGCGUUGUGUUUUUAUUAAUUUUCUGUCUAGGCUUCAAAGAGAACCAUUCCGUGCCGAGUGGAAUAAAGUGCUUCAACAAGGUUUGCGUGCAUACCAUCAUAUUACUGAAGAAGAUUUUAAAUAUUCUCGCAGCACCUAUUACUUAUUUUUUUUAGUUCACAUCGCUGUACACUAUUUGUUCCAUAAAUUUUCAAAUUGCAAUUACAUAAAUACAAACACCAUCCAAUUUACUAAUUUCAUUUAAAUUGCGUAUGUCGUAUGUACUUUUAUUUAAGGUAAUAAACUAAUAUUUCCAGCAAUUUGGUUGUCCAUGCAACCAUUAGUGGUUAGCUGGACCACCAAAUU